AUGGGCUCUUCCCGAGGUAACCGCAACGUGAGGGCACGGCGGGCCGUGAAGGCCAUGAAGCUCCUCGGCAUCUCCAGGGAGCAGACCGCCCCCGUCCUCAGGCGCCUGGUCGAGCUCUACGACGACAACUGGCAGCUCAUCGAGGCCGAGUCCUACCGCGCCCUCGCCGACGCCAUCUUCGACGAGCAGGCCAACGGCGGCCCAGCCAAUGGCGGGGAUCAGGUGCAGGGGCAGGAGGAGCUCGAUCUGGAGCUGGAGGAGACGGGCACCAUGCCGGAAAUGUUCACGCCGGAGGAUGACGACCAGCGCCCUUCCACCUCCCUCGCCGUCGUCCGCAAGGACCCGGAUAACCGCAUCACCGCACCACGCUCGAGGACUGGUUCCAGAGCAAACCCCCUUGGCCCUGACCCAACUCAAGCCGCUUCGCCUACACAGACCAGAGCGCUGAGCAAGCGGAGGCAGAUGCAGAUGCAGAUGAUGGAUGGAGAUUUUCAGCAGCCUGUCUUCCUGAGAGAGCCCAAGCCUGAACCUGUCGACAUGGAUGCGGUGGACUGUCUGAAUGUGCAACCUGGCUUGAUUCAUCGUUCGCGCAAGCGCAGUGCGCCCUCCUCAGAGUUUCUGGCAUUGCCUCCGCCUGAACAAACUCCUACACAGAUUUCAGAAGGUGAUAAAAACAGGACAACUCAGCAUUGCAGAAAUAGGGAAAUGCCUACUUUAUCGGUAGAGCCAGCAAACAGCACAAUGAACAAUGGAACGGGAUCUGGAGAUGGAAAUGUGCAGGAAGCACCUUGUUUAGAUGUUGAUAUAGCAUCAUCCCCUAGGGGUGAUGUUAAGAUGUCUCUGAAAUUCUGUAUAGACCCAUCAAAGUUCCACAUGCCUGCUUUAGAAGCAGUUUUAAAGAUGGUUGAGGACAAAUGUCUUCGCUCUCACAAGGUUCUUCCUCCUGAUUUUUCCAUUCGCGGCCUCAUGACUGAGAUGUGCCAGUGUGUUGUGCAACUGGGCACUAAACAUACUGCAGAGCAUAAUACGCAAUCAGAUACUGUCGGUAAUGGCAGCUUGUCAGAGAAUGCUAUAAGUAGGAAACGGAAAGCUAGAGGAGAACCGUUGGUUUCGAAAGGCUCGGAGAGUGGUCCAGCAAAUUCAACCCUUGCCCAGCAACACCAUUUGGCACUUUCUGUAUCGAAGACUAUCCAUGACAUAACUGAUAUAUCCAAGGGAGAAGAAAAUGUGAGGAUAUCGAUUGCAGAUGAAUCUGGCAGAGAGAAAUGCCCACCUUCCUUUUAUUAUAUGCCAACAAACGCUGUAUCCCAGAAUGCUCUUGUUAGCAUGUUUCUUGCAAAGAUUGGCAGUGAAGACUGUUGUCCUGAAUGCUUUGGCAACUGCUUGUCCGCACCUGCACCAUGUGCUUGUGCAAGAGAAACUGGGGGUGAAUAUGCAUACACACUGGACGGUUUGGUUAAGCCAGCAUUCAUUGAUGAAUGUGUCUCUAUGAACCGAUUCCCAGAAGAACAUCACAUGGUGUUUUGUAAAACUUGCCCGCUUGAGAGGUCUAGAAACAAAGCUUCACCAGAGCCUUGCAGGGGCCACCUUGUUAGGAAAUUCAUCAAGGAAUGCUGGAGCAAAUGUGGCUGUAACAUGCAAUGCGGUAACCGUGUGGUUCAGCGUGGCAUAAGAUGCAAUCUGCAGGUGUUCUUUGCCGAAGAAGGGAGGGGUUGGGGGCUCCGCACACUCGAUGAUUUGCCAAAAGGCACUUUUGUUUGUGAAUAUGCUGGGGAGAUACUAACAAAUACAGAACUGCAUGAAAGGGCCAUUCAAAAUAUGCAGAAUGCUAGGUAUACACAUCCAAUACUUUUGGAUGCCGGUUGGUGUUCUGGAGGGGAGCCGAAGGAUGAAGAGGCUUUAUGCCUAGAUGGAACAUUCUAUGGGAAUGUUGGCAGAUUCAUCAACCACAGAACUUCUUGUAACAUUCCAUGUAGAUGCUGUGAUGCAAAUCUAGCCAUGAUUCCUGUUGAAGUGGAGACUCCUGAUCAUCAGUAUUAUCAUGUUGCAUUCUUCACAAGCAAGAAGGUGGAGGCUUUUGAGGAACUGACAUGGGACUACGGCAUCGAUUUCGACGACGAGAGGCAGCCCAUGAAGCCGUUCGAGUGCCUGUGCGGAAGCAGAUACUGCCGGGGAGGUCGGCGUCACCUCCUAAGGAAGGAGAGGAGGAGGAGUAGAGUUACCGGUACCGCGGGACGAGCUGAGGUGUUAGAAGGUUGUUGA